GGGGUACCAAUGUAGCCAGUCUUGCUAUCUGUCUGUUUCGAUCAUCGACGUUUUCAUUCUUUCUCCGUGUUUUGUUUAAUACAAGUGCAAUGUGCUAACUGGUAAAAAGUAUGUUGCAGUGUGAGAUACUAAAAUCGUGCAGUUACAUUUUAGUGAAGUUUCUUAGUUGGUUAAUCGAUGUCUAAGACGUCGGUUAGGUAAUGCAAAAACGGAAUUCCUUCGUUUGAAAAAGAAUAGUGGUGACAGCAGACUAAAGUGUAAUCUUUGAAGUAAAUAAAAAUAGUACUUAAAAAAAAAUGAAAUAUUAACACAUAUCAUUUUAAUGUCAGCGAUAUAAUCACUUGAAAGCAUGAAAAGUUUUGAUAGAUGUUACUAAUAAAUGUGAACAUUUCUGAGUAUUGUCUCAGUCAAAACGAGUUCAAGAUGUCCGAUGAACAGUUUAGAAAAUCCGAUUUAUUGAAAGAAGUAAGCGAUCCCGCGGAAAAUUCAAAGAUGUGCUCCUUCAGUAUCGAGAGAUUAUUAGCGCCAAGUAAGAAGAAUGAGGAAGGGAAUAAGUUCCGACAACAAAUCGAUUUAUCUUCACUCGGCCAAGAAAGUAAGGAAUCGGAUACGAGAAUACUUGUCGCCCCCGAUUCAUCCAUGUCAAUGGCGGAGGAAAUUGAGCUCGAUGAUACCGAUAUGGUUUGCUCGACAUCUCCGGAACCAGAGAUGUAUUACGAAGUGUGCACCAGCAGCAGUGGUGCGAAUUCAACAACAACGGCGGAUAGAGACACCCAGGAGAAAACUUCCGGCAAUAUUAGCGACGAUGAAAGGAAGAAGAGGCCACGCACAGCGUUCACCGCUGCGCAAAUCAAGUCCUUGGAGACGGAAUUUGAGAGAAACAAAUACCUGAGUGUGGCAAAGCGGCUGCAGUUGAGCAAAACUUUAAAGCUCACGGAAACUCAGAUAAAGAUAUGGUUCCAAAACAGGCGAACCAAGUGGAAAAGAAAGUAUACUAAUGACGUUGAAUUAUUGGCGCAACAAUAUUAUUCGAGUCUAGGAAUUCCAGCACCCCGUCCUAUUUUUGUUGGGGAUCGAUUAUGGUUUUUUAAUUACCCGGGACAACCACAACCAGGACCACUUCUCCCACAGCAUUUAACGCCAUUACCAUUGCAUCCUGCAUUGCCCAUUGUACAGCCACUACCCAGUAAUUUGUCAGUGAGACAACAAUCAUCUAUUUUCCAAAACAUGCCGACCAAUCAUAUUGCGCAUCACCUUACUCAGAGAUUGGACUUCAGGCACCAUGAUCCUUAGUUUUAUGCAGAUGAAUCAUCGGUGCUCGAUAAUAUAAAACAUAUUAUUAUCUAACAUGCGGGGUAAUGUCAAAAUUAAUAAAAACAGAAAUUUUAUUAUGAUUUGUUUAAAUGCUAAACAAUAGAUUCCAGAAGUUAUUAUAAAAGAUAAAUAUAUUGCGUAUA